AUGACUCGAACCCAGGUGCCCUACCCUUCCCCUACCACCCUGAAGAAGUUCCCUCAUGUCCAUGAUGACCCGUCGUCCAUGUCCCAUGGCCUGGACCCCUUCACUAUCACUACCUCCACUGGCUUUAUGCCUUAUGCUACUGCCCCUAGUGAGCUUCCUGAAGCCUUCAAGCCUCUUCAGUCUCUAGUGGAACGUCUUCCUGUCCUCAAGCUUGAUGGGACACCUGGUCUGCUGGCGACGUAUGAGCUUGGCCCUGUCGUCGACAAUGACUUCCCUGACCUGACUGAUGAGGUUAAGAAGCUGGUCCUACCUGAUGGCACCCCCGAUAAGUUCAACAUCGCUGCCGUCUUCCGAGACUACACCUUCGUAGCCUCGUCGUACCUGCUUGAGCCCUGCUGGGAGAGCUGGAACAACAGCGCGGACAAGGGAUACGGACUUGGUCGGGACUUCUUGCCCAAGUGUGUUGCUCGUCCUAUGUACCUCUGUGCUCAGAUUCUGGACCUCCCUCCAUUCAUGUCUUAUGCUGCCUCGUAUGCUCUCUUCAACUAUACCCUUGCUGAUCCCUCUAAGGGCUUGGACGAGUACUCCAACCUGCGUUUGAUCCGUGGUUUCGAGCGUGGUCUUGAUCCCAAGAGUUCCGAAGCCGGCUUUAUCCUGACUCACGUUGACAUGGUCAAGGAGACUGGUGCACUCAUCAGUGGGGCUCUGCGCGUGGUUGAUAACAUUGAGCAGAACGGCCGUCGUGAGGAUAUUAACGAUGGCUUCCGUGAGAUCCUCAAUGCCAUGGAGAAGAUCGAAGCUUCGAUGGAGACCAUGUGGGGAAACUCUAAGCCAGCCGAGUAUCUCUCUUUCCGCGUCUUCAUCUUCGGCAUCACAAACCAAUCCAUGUUCCCCAAAGGUGUGGUCUACGACGGCUGCGAAGACAACAAGCCUCUCCACUUCCGUGGCGAGAGUGGUGCCAACGACAGUAUCAUCCCCCUUCUCGAUCAUCUCUGCGAGAUCCCCAUGCCCUCGACCCCUCUCACCAAAAUCCUUCACGAGUUCCGUGCCUACCGACCCCUUCCGCACCGCGAGUUCCUCACCUACAUCCGCGAAAAGUCAGAGGAACUCGGUGUCCAGAAAUAUUCAUGCCAAGACUCCGAGACGGCUGUCCUCUUCCUUAAGACUCUGAACCAUGUUCGUAGCUUCCGCUGGCGUCAUUGGCUAUUCGCACGCGAGUACAUUAUCCGCCGCACCCCUCAUCCUACUGCUACUGGUGGAAGUCCCAUUGUUACUUGGCUCCCCAACCAAUUGUCAGCAGUUAUGGACCUCAUGGUUACCAUCUAUGAUAAUCACCUCGCGCCUAAAGAGGGUGUUACCAUUGUUGAUGGUCAUGAAGACCUGAUCGCCUCACACCGUAAGCAGGUUGAACCUAUGAUGGAGCUUGUGCGGGAUCAGAAGGAGAAGUUGGCCAAGGAAGUUGAGCGUUGGUGCAAGGAGCGUGGAGUCUGA